AUGUCAAGUCUUUUGGAGCCCGUUACCAUUGGUGGCGGUAAGCUUGCACUGCGGAACCGAGUCGUCAUGGGCGCUAUGACUCGAAACAGGUGUGUCGAUGAUAUGAAGCCGGGUCAAGCCCAGAUCGACCACUAUUCCCAGAGGGCAAAAGAUGGAACUGGCCUCGUUAUUAGCGAGGGAGUAUUUAUUGACUGGACCGGAUCUCAUUGGACCAACGCCCCUGUCAUGAUAUCCGAGGACCAUUGCAAGGCUUGGCAGAAAGUCGUGGAUGGAGUCCAUCAGGCAGGCGGCAAGAUGUUCUUCCAGCCCUGGCAUGCCGGACGCUGUCAGAAUGACCUGAUGCCGGCCCUGAAAGAGAGAGGUCUUCCCGUUCUUGCUGCAUCGCCCCUCCAGGCUUCAGGUGGAAAGUACCGCGACCUGCCUGGAGUUCCCGGACACACUGCAAAUUUGACAGAGAUCGAGAAUCCGUCUGAGAUCGUCAGCAUGUUUCGACGCGCGGUAGCACUUGCUAAACGUGCUGGCUUUGAUGGCAUCGAACUUCUCGCCCAAGGUGGCUACUUGGUUCAACAAUUUCUAGUGCCUGAGGCCAACACACGCACAGAUAAUUAUGGUGGCUCAGUAGAAAACAGAUGCCGUUUCUUGCUGGAAGUUGUCGAUGCUAUCGGCGAUGUCUGGGGUGGUUAUGAACUUAUUUGCGUCAAGAUCAACCCCACUGACGUUCUACACGACACAGUCAUGGCAUUUGCGGAUCUGAAGGAAACCUAUGAUUAUUUAAUCAAGGAAUUGGUUACAAGGAAGGUUGGAAUUAUCAACAUUUCACGCCGAGGUACCGAUCUAACCGUGGGCGAUGGUUCGUUCACUCGGAGCUUCCCUCGGCCUGACGGAUAUCCACUGCCACUUGGCUACGACCCGGUUCUGGAUUUUGGCCCUUUGAUUAAAUACCCAGGGAGUCCUUCUUUGCUCAUGGCCAACCACGAGUACACUGUUGAGGAAGCAGAUCGUCUUGUAAAGGAGGGUAAACUCGACUUGAUCACCUUCGCCCGUCCUUUUAUUUGGAAUCCUGACCUUGUUACCCGUAUCAAGUAUGGAAUUCCCCUUGCUCAGAACGAUCGGGACGACACUGUCCUCUACGGUCCUUAUACUUCGCCGGAGCAGGGUUACAACGACUGGCCAACAGCUGCUGCUUGA